CAAAGAUGGCCGUGGGGCUCUGCAGGAGUUCGGUUUCCCUGAAGGGCCCUACCUUGGCGGCACUGGGAAAAGCUCAGCAUUGCGUGGAGGUCAGCUUGGUGAGAAAUGGCUCUCACCCUGAAACAGCUGUCAUCCUUAAAACCAGAAAUUGUUAGCAGCCAUCACAACAUCUUGUGGCACUGAGUUCCAAAGAUGCAGGGAGCCGAAUAGUGUGUGAAGAUUUGGACCAGGAAGAUCUGAGCUGAGGUGCCUAGUACUCAACCAGCCUUGGGUUGUCUUGGGCAUUUGCUUUCUUUCACAUCUCACGGGGAUUUUUGGAGGAAGAGCAGGAUAAAAAUGUGCUAAAUAUAAAAAUGGGUCUGAGGGCAUGCAAUGUUGCAUCCCAGUGAAGCUGAACAAGUCUACAUCUAUCACAGGACCCAGCAGCUUAACUAGGAAUCAGAGCUUAACUGUGGAGGGAGGAGCCCAGCUGAUCCUGAAGUCAGAUGCAGAGAGCUACUGUGGAAUGAGAACAAACAGUUCCUGUGCUUAUAACAGCUGCAUGGAAGGCAGAAAUUCAACAGGAGAGGGAGGGUUGGAGCAUCCCGCAGCAUGUACAACAGGGCACUGUUUUCCUGAAGCUGCAGCACACACAGAGAUGUGUCGUCGGAGAAAACUCCUCUGCAGUCACGGUCUUGGUCCAGGGACCCAUUCUGGAGAAUAAGCUGCUGCGCACUGUAUCGACACUUUCAAGGAGCUGUCCACCAGGACCCCAAGAUCUCUCUCCUGGCCAAUAGAUGGAGCCCUCUGCACAAGGCAACCAGAGAAGGUGGGGGAAGCGAUUUCCAUGCAGCGGCUGGAAGAAAACCUUAACCCUUCCUGUUUCUCAGGAGCUGGAAUGAUGGAACAACAACAACACAAAUAGAGGUGUAGCUCCAAUGAACUCUUCCAAGGGCCCCACGAGUUUCCUGGAGGGGGAUGGCUUGGCUGAGCACUUUCUCCGCAUAGAGCGAGAGCAGAUCGUGCGCUUGAAGGACCUCACUUUCCUUGAGCCCGUCCAGUAUGUCUACAACCCUCUGGAUUAUGCCUGGGAGCCUCACCAGGACUAUGUGCGUAGAUACUGUCAAUCCCGCAAGGAAGUCCUCUUUCUUGGCAUGAACCCAGGGCCCUUUGGCAUGGCGCAGACUGGGGUGCCCUUUGGAGCAGUGCAGCUUGUCCGGGAUUGGCUGCAAGUAUGUGGGCAAGUGUCUCGGCCGGCUAACGAGCACCCCAAGAGACCUAUCCGAGGCUUGGAGUGCCCGCAGACGGAGGUGAGUGGUGCCCGCUUCUGGGGCUUCUUCCGCUCAGUGUGUGCUGGCCCGGAGAUGUUCUUCCGCCACUGUUUUGUUCACAACCAUUGCCCACUGCUCUUCAUCAGUCAGAGCGGCCGCAACCUGACUCCAGCUGACCUGCCAGCUGCCCAGCGGGAGCAGCUGUUGCAGGUCUGCGAUGAUGCCCUGUGCGAAGCCGUGAAGCUGCUGGGUGUUGCCAUGAUCAUUGGCGUGGGACGCUUUGCUGAACAGCGCGCUCGCAAGGCCUUGUCAGCUGCUGGGAUCCCAGUGCGAGUAGAGGGGGUGAUGCAUCCAUCGCCACGCAACCCCCAAGCUAACAAGGGCUGGGAUGCAGUCAUCAGAGCAAAACUGGAGGAACUCGGUGUGAUGGCUCUCAUCACAGGCUGACUCAUGCAUGGAACCAAGAUGGAGAAAAGAAGCCUUGUUAGAUCUCGUUUGCUCCUGGGUGUCAUGCCUUCUGAAUACGCCUCUAACUUCAGAUGCAUUUCUGAACAUUUUCACUGGUGUGGGUGAAGAACCUACAGAACUAUUCUAGUGUCGACACUACUUCCAUUCUUUUUAUUGCUCCUUUCACUUACACUACUCUUCUUUGCCCUCUUCCAGUGUCCUGAUCAUUGACUCCAGGUUUUCCUGAAGUCCAAGCCUGGACAUUUUCUGGGAUUUGGGCUUCAAGCCCAUCUCUGUUUGUUGCGUGUAUGGUGCUAAACCUAAUCCCAACUCUCUGUAGAACCUCUUCCCCACUUUGGUUCCUCUGUGGCCACAUUCACAAUAGACAGCAAAAUUGGAGCUCUGGCCAAGUCUGUUCAGCCUGCAUUCUUGCCAAACCUUUGCUCUUGUAACACUUAGAUCUGCCUUAUACUGAAUCGGACUAUUAACCCAGUAUCAUCUGCUCCAGCUGGCAGCAGCUCUCCAAGAAUUCUGUCGGGAACCUUUCAAGCUCUGUUGCCGGAGAUUAUUUUUUAGUGGAGAUGUGAGAAAUUGAAUUGGGGACUGUGUACAUUCAUAACAUGUGUUCUUCCAUGAACUACUGCCUUUUCUAGGUCCAAUUAAGCAAGUGGCAAUGGGGUGUGUGUGCUCAUACUCCAUUGUAUUGAUGAGAUACAAUGGGGGAUGUUCAUACUUCAUUGUAUAUGUUCGUACUUCAUUGUAUUUGAUGCAGCCACACCCCUCGAGCCAUGUGCUGACUAGAAAGGAGCAACACUUCUUGAAAUGUCAGUGCAGAUAUCUCCAACACUGUGGUUGAACGUUGGUCCUCCUCUAAAGGUCAGUUUCCCCUGCAACCAAGCCAGAAAUGGUACAUUAAAGAGUAAUUGCAUUAGGAAUACCUGGUUGUAUUCCUGGAAACAAGCUGAUAUAAGUGGGUUUUUAUUCUCCCAGUACUGGAACAGUUAUGCUGGAACUUGUGUUUAAGAUCCGUUGCCUCUGACACUAAGGGUCAAUUUGUGCCAAAUGUGUGUCCUGAGAAUGUAGGUAUUGUGAAUCCAGGCAGAACUCAGCACAUUUCAAAGCAUCCCAACUCUCCAUUCAACCAACACUUACCACACUAUUGCUCAAUCACCUUUUGGCAGCUUUGUGGUCGUGUGGUAAUUGCUGGUUAGGUUCAAAGCUGGGCAGACAGAUGCUGCAGCAUGCAUGCGUCUCCGCAUUCUGACUAUGCCAAUGUGGUCAUGUGAUCUGGACAUAGCUCUGAACAGAUGGGGGUUGCUCCAACGUGGAGUCCAGAUACUGACUCAUGUAUCACUUUGGCAACCUUUUAUGUGCUAGUUUCAUUGAAUUCUGCAGUCGCCUAUGCCAGCAGUCAUCAGCAUCCUAUCCCUGAUGGGAGAACCAUGCUCUGUGGGGCUGGAUGGGAAUUCAGAUCUUUGGAACCCACCAUCAAAUUCCAAUAUGUAUAUUGGGAUAUUCCUUUGCUAGGAAGCUGGAUACCUCCUGCACCAUACCGAGAGCUUAUAAAGGAGACAUUAAGUAGGGAGGGAUUAUUAUCUCUUAUUGAAUCAAUCUGAGGUGUUUAAAAAGUACUCUGCAAACUUUUUCAACCAGAUUGCCUUUGCCAGAUUUCAGAGCAAAAGUUAAAUGAAAUUGAUUUUUUCCCCUGUAACGUAGCCAAGGUUGAUAACUGGUCAUUUGGUUGCUUUCAGGGGAAAAACAAGAGAGGGGCCAGGGCUCAGAAGUAGAGCACAUGCUUUGUCUGCAAAUUCAGCUUCCAUUAAAAGAAUCAAACUGGACCAAACUGGAUGAGAUGGGGUGUUUGUUUAAACUUAGCUAUGCUCCCGAUGAUGUUUAAAGCAGGGUUGGGUAGGUUUAGUGUUUAGAAGGAAAGAGGAGUGCCGGUUAGGACGGUUAAACCCUCUCUUUGCCCAUGGCUUACCUGGAGGCCUUUCUCUUUGACUGAGCUCCAAUACCAGAAGUGAGCUUGGCUUGGCAGAAAAGCCCACAGAGGAGCAGAGCAAGUAUUGGAGGAUUCAGCUCCCCUUACCCAGAUGUCCCUUUUGUUCCAUUUUGUACUUGAUUCUGGCAGCGCCAGGUUUAAACAACUGUCCUACUGACAUCCUAUUUAGUUUAACCCUCGGAUGGCAAAGCUGGAAAAAAUUCUUACUUGAGCCCUUGGAAGCAUUGCCAGUUGGAGCAGUGGGUACUGGGUUAGCAAGCCAGUGGUCUGACCUAUCAUAAGGCAGAUUCAGAUGUUCCAAAGGUUGCUUGUGGUCCAAGAGAGGGUGUCUGAAUGGGAUUUUCCUUCAUCGUGCAUUUUGGCUUUUUCCUUUGGGGUCCCUCGUACCCUUGUGCCAGGUUGGAUGGGAAGUAAUAAUCAGGUUCACCUUUUCUUCCACUUUCCAUCUAAAGCUAGCAGAUACUUUGCACUUCUGGUUGAAACCACCAUGACUCACUUUGUAGGAGUUAGUAGCACAGUCCAACUCACAGCUUUAAGAGAUAGUUCUCACUUGAAAUCAGUGUCUGGAUCUUGUAUAGUACUGAUGGAAUCUCUUCAUUUUGGGAAGGCAUUUUGGCUCUGGUAUGUCAUUAUGAUAAAGAACGUUCUGCACUCCACAUGCUGCCCAUGACAGAAAAAGAAGAGAUCAAGGAUGGAUUCUCCUUUUUUAAUACAGAGCAAUACUUUUGGCGAUUAAAUUGUAAAUUCUCACACACUAACAACGCCCAUCCUUCAAUCUCCUUAUGGUUGUAUUUAUUUUGAAGGGUUUGUGAUACAUGUAUUCAAUAAACAUAAUGUUUUGCUUAUG